UCCAACAUGGCGGACAAGGAGGCGUCCUGCAAGGCCUCUUCUGCUAAGUUAGGUCCUCAAAGAAGCCUCAGAAGGCGGCGAAAAGAACUUCGUCACAGAGCUCAAAGUCUCGUUGAAGGAGCUACUGAUCCUUGGGAAGAAGUGGAGGAGUAUGAAACAGAUAUCCCUGAGGGCGAAGAAGACGAAUUUAUCGACGAAGAAACCGCAGAGUGCGCUGAAGAAGUUAUCGAAUUCACCUACACGAUAAGAGAACUUGGAGCAGAAAUGAUCCUAGGUUAGGAUUAGCACUUUCGAAAUAAUGAUUGUUCCAAAAAACAUCACUUAAAUGUUCUCCUUUCAAUAGUAGAACACUCUAUCCUCACAGCUGAAAGGCGCAAAGCACAUGGAGGACUAUUAGCAGUUUUGAGUUUUGUGGACCUAAAGACUAAUUCGCCGAAAGGCGAAUUAGACCCUUUUUUUUUUGCCAACAUUCCUCUCCUCGAGGAAGAAGGAUCUUUUUCGGUAAAAUUUCCGCACAGCCCCAUACUACUGUAAAACAAAUCUGUUUUCCCAGUGGCAAUGUAUUGUUUUUGUCAUUGUUUUCUCUGUCCAAGAACUGAAUGCAUAAUGUAGUAUGGGGCUGUGUGGAAAUUUUACCUCUUUUUCUUUAGAUUUGAGUGUAUGUACCUCCUUUUAAAAUCAAGGCUAACGGGGUGAAAACAAUUUCCCUGAUUGAAAAAAAAAAACAUGGAUGAAAAUUAAAAAAUAAACUAUAGAAAGUAGCUUCCUUUUGAGGUCAUGCAAUUCUUAUAUCGUGGAUUGAAAAAAUUACAUAGGAUAAAAAGAAGAAAGUUCCUCUUUUCGUCCAUAGUCAUGUAAGAUUCAUUACUGCUGUGGUGUUUGCAUUAUCAACCAAUCCUUGCAAAAUUUCUCAUUCUUUAGGAUAUGUCUGGUGGUCACUUAUCCAUGGGAUAGCCCCAAUGAUUUGGUUUUAUCCACUGAAUGAACUUGAAAUAUCUGGUUAUGAAGCAUUUGUGGUGACAAUUCUUUCACCUAUAUUUACUGGAAUCAGUGCAGUGCUUCACUUUUCUGGUACUAUUCAUGGAAUAGCUUUUUGGCGAGUUCUCUCUUUAGUGGGUGUGGCUUCUUUCCAAGCCCCAUCAACUCUUGUUAGAUUGAUAAUGUUGGCAGUUGGCUGUGGAACAGGCAUGCUGUGGUUCUGUGGAAUGAUAUGGUCUAAAGAUCCAAAGGAAAGGUGAGACAAAGCACUCUUGAUCUUCUUGUGUUGAUGCAUCUGGGUGUUAGAGUCUUAUAAAGUUCAUUCUUUAACAGUUAUGUGUUAACAUGAUAAAAAUCUCAUGGCCAAUUAUUUUAUUUCAGGGUGCUCUCCUUCUGGGGCCUUAUCCUGGGUUUGUUUCUGCUGUUGUUACUGCGUAUUGCAUACAUCACUGUCAACCCAAUCUGGUCUGAUGUCACUAGCAACAGGGUUGUUCUUCUCAUUGCUGUCAUUGCCAUAUUGGAUAGAGUCUAUACUAGCUACAUGAUGUCGGCCACUCAAUCAGGGGCCCAAUCCAAGUCAUCAAUUGAGCCCCAAGAUGCUUUGGUCUCUGGUCCAGGGUGGUUCUUAGUGGCAUUAGGAUUUGGUGCAUUGAUGUUCCUUACACAUGAUGUUUUUGGGGAAGUGUCACUUGUAUGCCGCUGGGCUGUUUCUGGUUAUCCAGAUACAGGACCCAAACCCAACCCUUGGGGGUAAGUAUAAUAAUAAUUAUUAUUAUUUGGUAGGAAAAUUUUCAUCCAUAACUGUACUUUUUUUAAAAUGCAAAUUAAACUACAUUAAAGUUUAGCAACAUCAAAGCACAUUCAAAGCCAAAAAAUAAAAAACAACAUCAUUUUUUUUGAGAUUUAAUUAUAACAAACCCCAACCCAACUUCUAUUUAAGGGACACUUUCCCUGGUCCUAAGGGCGUCCCAUAAAUGGAGGUUCUACUAUAUAACUAACAGAAUCAAUUGAUCAAAGUUCACUGCCAAGAAAGUGACUCUAGCCAACAGACUAACCAACUACACUGUAUUUGAUUGACCAAAAAUAUUUUACACUAGUACAUGAAAAAGGUGAUAACUAUUUUUCUUCAUCAUCAGUGCAGCUGUCAUCAUUGCUCUUGGCAUAGGAGUUAUUCUUUCACGUUAUCAGUGGACAAGCAAUGUGUUCUGGUGGUUAAUUGGAUCUACUGGCGCGGCAUUACUUUACUUUGCUCCUCGGUAUUGGUCAAUGAUUGGCGGUCUCUUGCUCGCCAUCUACACCAUGUCCAUCUGGCCAACUAUGAUUGACAGACUGUUUUGUCGACCUGUUGGGCGUACACUGACUCUGGCCAAUCUGGUUUACAUUAUCCUUGUUUUGGGCUCAGUAUGGGUUGUUGCCUAUAACUUUGUUCCAGGAGGAGAAUUUACAAGGGAAAGGACCCAUGUGCUGUUGGGUAUCACAAUGGUCUUAAUUGGUAAGUACAGCUAUGCAAGAUUUUUCAAUAUACAUGUAUCUAAUGCUUUAUUCCUAAGAUUUCAAUGUUGCAGCUUCUUGUCACUUUUUUUCCUAGACAAUCUAAUGAUGGAAGCAAGAAUGAGCUUGUUGGUUCCUCAUGGGAGUGAAAGGGUUAAAAAAAAAGAUAUCUCACAUGUAGAAUCAGACUCACAAGUUGUAAACACAUAAACCUUUUUAGGACAAAAUGAACUAGAAACUUUUUAAAUAUAACUGGCACAACAUUCACCCCAUGAAGCAUAACAUGCUUUUUCUGUUUGCCCUUGUCUCCUAAGGACUUGCUUUGAGGACAAAGUCAACUCCAGAUGUUAAAGAAGCUUAUGGAAAAAUGAAGAAAGAAGAAAAUGAAAAGGAUGAUAAAAACUCUUCCCAUGGUCAGUUAGCUCCUGAGCAGAAAUCUCCUGUGACAAAAUUCAAUAAUGUGGCCUUCCUUGAGGAACAUGGUGAUAAGUUUUGGUUCUUCAAGACUCAUGUCAUACCAGGUAAUGAUUAUCAUUAUUUUGGAGUUUUCUUAAUUUAAAAAUAAGGCAGAUUAUGAACUUUUUUCUCUUUUUAAGAAUAAUUUUCAUCAUGCAAAAGUUGUGGAACUGUACAAGAAAAAAACCUUAUUGAUAAAAUAAUAAUAAUUUUAAUAAUAAUUUAUUUCUUAUAGAGCACUAUUUACAAUGACAGAUCAGUAGCACUUUACAAUUAGUAUUAAUAGUAUUAUUAUUGAUUACACUUUUAGAUAGGAAAAUUUUCAAAUUCAAAUCAAUUUGUAUAAACUGGAAAAGUACAGUAACUGUUUUGUGUUUUCUUUAAGCAUGCAUUGUAGCUUCUUGUUUGUAUUUUUAUCCUAGUCUGUUUUUUUUUCUAUUUUCUGUUUUGGUAUUUUUUAGUUCUAGUUGGUGUUAUUGUGUUAGCUGUUAUCCUGAUGGCUGUAAGAUUUCACAGAUUGGAAUACUCUCAACCUAAUAAGGUCUGAUAGUUUUUAUCAUUAUUAUUAUUGUUGUUGUCAUUAUUUGAUGGAAAUUUGAACAGAUUUUCUGUAACAAUGUUCUCUCCUUUUUGUCCAGAGGCUAGUGUGAAUGUUUCUUUUCUAACCUUUCACACCCUAAUGUCAUUGUGUAUAUUCUCCAUACUGUUCUUUAUACAUUUCCUGAGGUGCUGACAAGGAGAAUUUGUUUACUGAUCAAAAGCUUCUUUUGUUGGCAAUCAUUUCCUUCAUUCUCAUGACCUAAAUGUGUUAUUCAGAGGUGAUAUUGUAAUGAGAAAUUAGAUGCUAGUCACUCUUAGGGUUUAAAGGGUUAAUAUUUACGCAAGAAAUUAAUCUUUCAAAAAAAUUUAAUCCUUUUUUUGUCUGCAGGAAGAGGCCAAUGUGUUCUCAGCUAUGAUCUGGACUGUUCAUUUUGCAUAUGAUAAUACUGGAUGGCCAAGCUUUGAGAGAGCAGCACAGAUGAUCAGUGAUACUAGUAUGUUAUUCGUUUAUUCACACAUUCAUUUGUGUAGUUACAGUACAUUUUUUCAUUGUGUUUUCAUGCUAGUUUUAAUGUCGUUCUUAAGUCAAACAUAUUUUCUUUAUGAACUCUUCUAAGCUGCAAAGCAGAACAAAAAAUUCCAGAGGUCAAUCAUCUCACUCCUUGUUCUGCUUAGUACUUUUUAAUUGGCCCUUGUCUUCUGUACAGAUGCUGAUGUAGUUGGAUUUUUGGAAAGUGACUGUUCUAAGCCAUAUCUUGGAAACCAUGACUUGGCCAUGUGGUUUGAGGAGAGACUGGGAAUGUACUCAGAUUUUGGUCCAUCCACAAGGGACCACACGUGGGGGUAAAUAACUUAAACAACUUGUCAGCCAUGUCAAUUCCAUGGGACAAGUGAACUGGAACAAUUGAUGAUUUUUUGCUGUGUUUGUGUCAAACUUAAAAGUGACUUUGUCAACUUUGUUUCUAGUGCCACCUUACUCUCCAAGUACCCAAUAGUGAAAUCUCUCCAUCACUUACUUCCAUCUCCAGAAGGUAAAAAUCCAUUCCAAGUGCAGAAAUUGUUGACAUUGUACACUGGAUGACUUUAAAAUUGAUUCAGUGUUAGCUGAGUUAGGUUGGGUUAACAUAAGACAAGAUUGAUUUCUAUCAGAGAAUGCGUAUGCUACAAAUUUUUGAAUAGUCUGUCUACCUUAUCCGCUGGGAUCCUCCCACUAAGGAACAACAUCACCAAGAUUAGUAUAAAUCUUCCAGCAUUCUAUCGCAAAUUCUGCAAUCUGAUUGGCUAUACUACUUACCAUUUAUUUGGUGAUAGACACUGAAUUAGCUGGGAAGCCCCGACAUUGAGCCUGUCUUGUUGUGAAGUUUUGAAGGAAAAGUAGAUUUAUAAUGAAAUAUUCAAUUGCUUGCUCUCAAUUCCUAUGCAAUAGAAUUCCAAGCUUAUAAUCUAAUUACUAAAUGGCAUGCAUGACAAUGCAUGGAACAUAUCCAUUAAACUGAAUUACCAUAAAGAGAGACAGACCAAUUUAAUUCAGAUCUCUUUUUCUUAUUUUAAAUCCCUUUUACUGUAUUCUGUUAGGAGAACUGGCUCCAGCUUUGAGUGCAACUAUUAACAUUACUGGUAACCUGGUAGAUUUUGUGUUGGUUCACAUGGGAAACGAUCGGUGAGCAAGAUGUAAAAAUGAUUUUCAACAGCGUCAUUGCCUAACCCUUUAACCCCUAAGAGAGAUUAGCAUCUAAUUUCUCUUUACAAUAUCACCCCCAAAUCACACAUUAAGGUCAUGAGAAUAAAGGAAAUGGUCACCAACUAGAGAAGCUUUGGAUUAUGAAACAAAUUCUCCUCAUCAGCACCUUGGGUAGUGUAUAGGGAACAGUAUGGAGAAUAUUCAUACUGUUGUUAGGGUGGAAAGGGCUAAAAGCCUGCGAGCUGGCUCUUAUUAUUAGUGCUGCGGGACUAGCCUACUUGUAGCCGUACCCUCUCUCCAAGGUGAAACGGAAGCCCCUCACCUUGCAGAGGGAGGGUACGACUAGAUGUAGGCUAUGCGGGACGCGCUUUCCUCCGCCCUUGGCUUUAUACUUUCCCAUAGGCCAAAAAAACGUUUGUGGCGAGGCGCAAAUGAUGAUGGCUUGCUCAGAAGUUGUGUUGCUCAGAAUAUUUAUUCGGCGUCAAACCAACUUUUUAGUAACCCUUGGAUUCCACCUUGUGAUGUUUUUAGUCCCGUCAAUACAAAUCAGCAAACCUUGUCAGUAUUGUUAAGAUCCUUAACUUAUGUAUCUAUUUAUAUAUUUUAAUCAGAUUUUUGUGGGAUUGUGAGUUGUGUUUAAAAUCUAUCACAGGGAUAACUUGGACAGAAAGCUUCAGGCUGAGGAGCUAGCCAGAAUUUUAGAUGAGAGGUAAACGAACCCUUUCUUCAAAGCUGUAUUCUUUAUAUCAUUGUUUUCAUAUUUUACCACAAGCAGUCAACAUAUUCACCCACAGGCAAGUUGCAAGCCCUGUCUCCCUUUCUUCUCUUAACCCUUUAACUUCCAUGAGUGACCAAGACAGAAUUUCUCAUCACAAUAUCAGUACAAUAUCAAACAAACAAGUGAUGAGAAUAAAGAAAAAUAUUAAUAAGGGGAUUAUUAGUUGAUCCAAUACCAAAUUCUUCAAACUAACAUAACAAGAACUGUAUGGCAGACGGUAAGGAGAAUUACCUAUGAGAUCUUGGGAGUUGUAGGGUUAACGGCCACUAGCCAAAAGUAAUUUCGCAAAAAGACGCUUCAAACGGCCCAUGAAGGCGAGAAAAUACCACAAAUGCAUCGAUUAACAUUUCAUUUAAUUGUAUUGAGAUAUUCAGACCUAGAUGUAAUUUAGAUAUGCAAUUUCAGAGCUUUAUUCAUGAGCCCCAUAUAUUUUGUUCGUCUCGUGUCAACAAUAAUUAACCACGAACGUAUAGUGUGGUCUGCCUGUGGUAAGUCACACCAAAUCUCACGAUCCUUAUAUCUUGCAGUCUCAACCCAGUGGUGUUUCUGGGAUAUGUGACGUCAUCACCUCGCAGUCGUGAUUACCGCAUGCUGACGGAGAUGGGACGAACGAAGGUGAGAAAGAGUUUUGUUUGUGAUAAUUCCAUUCGAGGAAGUGAUUUGAAAAUUACGAGCACGAUUACCCCAAAAUUAUACGACACUGAGUCCAAUUACCAUUUGUUUGUGUCAGUAACAAAAUAUGUGAAACUCAGGAAUGAAAAAUUCAGUGUGACAGCACGUACGCUUCUUAUAGAUAGGUAUAUAGAUAGCUGAAGUUUACCAGUUAACUCGAGAAGUUUUUUUUCGUUUUAAUUGACUAGCACUGGCGAGAACGCCGAGCAGUUUAUCCCUUCAGGAAUAAGCUUGACUUAUGUCUUUAUGGUGAAAAGCGUUAGCCUUUUCGCAGUGAACAUCAUGCAAAUAGCUGCAGAGUAAACAAGUAACACGACGAGCAUGGAAUUGUUGAAGUGUUCUUUUGCCUUCUUAGCUUAGUUCUGACCUUUUUCGCUCUGACAGGACAUCGAUGCAACAGAUUCUGACCGCUGGUGCGAGUAUAUUAUGUACCGCGGGCUCGUACGACUAGGAUAUGCGCGAAUUUCCCACGGGGGACUAAGCGACACCGAGGUGCAAAUGGCCAAGUUCCGUAUUCCUCCAGCAGGGACGACAUACCAGGAUAAUGAAAUCCUUACAACGAGUCCUAAAGAUGUCCCGGAGAACAUAAGAUUUCCUAACAGGUAAUAACGCCUAACCAGCGAUCAGGGCCUCCCUAUUAUGAGCGCUGCAGGACGCGCGCUUCUCUGCUCGAGGGAAGAUUGGAGAUGAGUCGAGGAGAGGUUUGCCGGGGGUCUGGUAUUAACAUUAACAGUGCUAUACCACAAGCAAAACUCUCGCCGGAUCGCGUUUCUUAAUUCUCUUUACUUUCCCACAAGCGGAGAAACGCUCGUCAUGCUGAAGCGCUAACAACGAGGGUCUGCUCGUUGGCGAAAACCUCUACUGCACUCAGACGUAAGGGUAAAAUAAAUUGUGUUUUAGUUUAGUUGUCUCUAGCUAGAGGACUAGACAAAUUGCAGUCCAUAACUUCUCCUGCAGUCUGAAUUUAGUAUGUCUACAAACAAAAGGCAACGAUAGCUUUUGAGCCAAAAACGUCCAAACGACACGUACUUUUGGUCUUCAUAACUCAUCCUUUGGAGAUGCAGUGUUCUCCUUUCAGGCCGUAACCGGUAACAUUUACCACCUGUAGUACCUCUUAUUACCGUUUAAAAUUGCUUGGAAUUCUUGAAAAUUCAACAGGUGAAAAGAUCGCUUUACCGGUUUGAAAAUUUAGUUUGCCUGUCAUGCGUAAAAUAAGGGAGAACACUAAAGAUGAUGGCGAAUUUGCUUGUAGUGUAACAAAAUCCACCUUUAACUGACAUUUUCGCUCUUUAGAAUUAACUCUUUUGUUUCCUCUACAGAUUUGGUGCGUUCUAUAAAGGACAUUAUUCUGCUUGGCGACAUCACUAUCACAUGUCAACACCGAAAUAUUUUCUGCCGUCGAAGAAACAGAAUGCGAGCUAAGCUUACUCAAAUGAAAGUUAAAGAAUAGAGUGCUGUUUGGUGAAGUCUCAGGAAGAACAUAAAGGAGGCGUUUUAAAGGCUUCAUCUCUGUGAAAAUUGCGAUGUGGAACUAUAGAAGACUUGGGAAUCACCCAGUGUGCUGAAGAUCGAGAACCAAGCGGAUGUACGUCUGUAGGUUCCCAAUUCGCACAGAGGACAAAAUCAGGAAUUGUAUUGCUCUGUUUACGAUGCUUAAGUCUGACAGACAACAGGGACCAGGAAACUUUGGCUAGCCAGCAAACCGAGUAUUAGUACUCAGUGGUUAACGUCAAUGACUGAGUACUCUGUGUUACCAUGCCUCGAUUUCCGCCGUUUUCUCGGGUUCGUUCUACAGAACAGGAGCGUGGGCACAUUUCUCGUAAAGUGGCUGGCUGGUUAUCAAGCCUUUGUGUAUCGUACCUCCGAUUGUCCUCAAGUUCUGUGAUGUUGACUGUGUUGUCAUAUCAUGUUGUGGCCUGCAUGUGGGUCACGAAGCCGCUCAAGAACGGCAGCCGAAGUCAUAGUGCUGGCAAAUAU